AUGGAUGGCUCCCCAUGGUCUUUCGAUAAACAUUUACUGGUAAUGCAGGAUUACAGUGGCUUGCUGAAAGCAGAUGAAUACAACUUUGACGUUGCUACCUUCUGGGUGAGGAUUUAUAGCCUUCCGCUAGGGAUGAUGAAUGGGAAUAUGGUAGAAAGGCUGGGCAACAGGAUUGGGGUCGUAGUGGUGAACAAGGGAGAAGGUAGAGCGGAUAUCUGGGCAAGGUUAGCUUAUGAACGGCAGCCAACUUUCUGUUAUAACUGCAAGCUGUUGGAACAUGGGGAAUCUGAAUGUGACACAGAUGAGGCAGAUCAUGAUAAUAAGGGAAGGAUGAAACAAUAUGGAGAAUGGCUAUAA